UUCACCGUAAAUCACAGAACAAGACAGAGGAAGAUGGAAGGUGCAGCAGAGGUUGCAAAUGGAAACGGCUCAUUGAACUUGAAGCCAAGUGAUACCAAGGGAAAGAUCAUUACUUGCAAAGCUGCUGUGGCAUAUGGUCCGGGAGAACCCUUCGUGGUGGAACAAGUUCUUGUUCAUCCACCUCAGAAAAUGGAGGUUCGAAUCAAGAUUCUCUAUACUUCUAUUUGUCACACCGAUCUCAGUGCUUGGCGAGGCGAGAAUGAGUCUCAACGUGCUUUUCCACGAAUUUUUGGCCAUGAAGCUUCCGGGGUUGUGGAGAGCGUUGGGGAAGGUGUGAAUGACAUGGAAGAAGGGGUCAUGGUGGUGCUAAUAUUCAAUGGUGAAUGCGGUGAGUGUAGCUAUUGCAAGUGCGAGUUAACAAACAUGUGUGAGAGGUUUGGUGUGAACCCAAUGAAGAAAGUUAUGGAUGGUGAUGGCACAAGCAGAUUCUCAACCAUUAACGGCAAACCCAUCUUCCAUUUCUUGAACACCUCAACCUUCACGGAGUACACGGUGGUUGACUCAGCAUGCGUUGUUAAGCUCCACCGUGACCUCACCCUCAGCCUCAAAAACCUCACCUUGCUCAGUUGCGGUGUAUCCACAGGAGUUGGAGCUGCUUGGAAUACUGCUAAUGUACAUUCAGGUUCAUCUGUGGCAGUCUUUGGUUUAGGUGCUGUUGGUCUCGCUGUUGCAGAAGGGGCACGAGCCAGAGGUGCAUCCAAAAUAAUAGGUGUGGACAUCAACAAAGACAAACUUAUUAAAGCCCAAGCAAUGGGAAUCACAGACUUCAUAAAUCCAAGGGAUGAAGAGAAGCCCGUAUAUGAGAGAAUCAGAGAAAUGACUGGAGGAGGUGUACACUACAGUUUUGAAUGUACUGGAAACUUGGAUGUUCUAAGGGAUGCCUUCUUGUCUGCUCAUGCGGGUUGGGGAUUGACUGUAGUAUUGGGAAUUCAUGGAACACCAAAGAUGCUUCCCAUCCACCCAAUGGAACUCUUCGAUGGUCGCAGAAUUGUAGGAUCAGUUUUUGGAGGUUUCAAAGGGAAAAGUCAGUUACCUCAUUUUGCCAGAGAAUGCAUACAAGGAGUGGUGAAGCUGGAUAAUUUCAUCACUCACGAGCUUCCCUUCGAGGAGAUAAACAAAGCCUUCGAUCUUUUGGUCAGUGGGAAGUCACUGAGAUGUCUUCUGCACCUCUAAAAAUGAUGCCCCUUUAGAAUGGCUUUGUUCAUUUAGAUAGAGCGCUCUCCCCCGUUUUAUAAUGACUUGAAUUAUGCUAGAGUUUAUCUAAAUAUGAAUAUGUAAUGACCAGUAAGGUGUUAUUGGUGCUUUUGAACAUACCUUAUACUGCAUUAUCUCACUGUAUAUGAAAGUGUGAAUAAGUGGAAGUGUACUCACUCAGGUUUGUACAUCUUC